UGUAGUUUGGCUCGCAAAAAAGUCGACAUUCAUUCAUUGGACAGAAGCGUCAUCUCUCACAUUCUAGAAUCGAUAUAAUGGACACUAAACCGACAGAAUCGAAGACACUACCCCCUGUAAAGCCACGUCCUGUAAAGCUGGAGGAGGCAUUCCUAAUGACGAAGUUUGGGCUGUACAAUCUGUGCUUGAUCGCCAUUUCCGGCAUCAUCUUGGCUGCCGUGCUGCUCGAAACGCUUGGCAUCAGUUACGUGCUGCCAGUGGCCGAGUGCGACCUGCUGCUGACCACCAGGGAGAAGGGCGUGCUGAGUGCCAUCUCGUUCGCGGGCAUCAUUUGCAGCUCGCAUCUUUGGGGCUUUCUGGCGGAUACACGUGGCCGGCGGGCAAUCAUUUUGCCAACGUUGUUUCUUGCCUUUGCUUCAUCGGCUCUCUCUAGCCUUACCACCAACUUCUGGUUGAUCACCGUGAUGCGGUUCUUGACGGGAUUUUUCAUUUCCGGCCCAUCCGCCACUAUCUACGCGUACCUGGGCGAAUUUCAUGGCAAGCGCAACUGCUCCCGUGCGAUUAUGGGGGCGUCGUUUGUGUUCGGUCUCGGCUCGAUCCUGCUGCCGCUGAUCGCCUGGUCCAUCAUUAACCAGGAGUGGGAGCUUGCCAUCCCGCUGCUCGGCAUCGUCUACCGGCCCUGGCGACUGUUUCUGGUCGUUUGCGCACUGCCCAGCUUUGCGGCCGCCCUGGUACUGCUCGGACUGCCCGAGAGUCCGAAGUAUCUACUGUCACGCGGACGGGAGCAGGAAACGAUUGCCGUACUACGCAGCAUGUACCGGUGGAACGCCGGUAGGAAGGAUCCGCCGCUCGCGCUGACCGGCGUACUCCAGGAAACGGAAGCGCAGCAGACAAAGGUGAGGCGUGAGGAGGCGGCCAGCGGCAAGAGCAUAGUGAGCCUGUUGAAACAGAUGUGGCACCAGACGGCACCACUGUUCAUGGGCUCGUACCUGAAGCGGACGGCGAUCCUCUGUGUGCUCCAGUUCGGCAUCUAUCUCACCUCGAGCGGGAUGUACAUGUUCUUCCCGGACAUACUGAACCGGAUAGCCGAGCAGCAGGGCAAGGGUGUCGAGCGGACGACCGUGUGCAAUGCGGUGUACGCCACCAGGUUCGACAUCCAGGAGCUGGCGGGCCUGGGCGGCAAUGGGACGGCACGGUCCGACCUGUGCCACCAGAAGCUGGACAUUUCCGCCUACGAGCAUUCGUUCGUGCUGGAAGCGAUCUAUGCGCUCGGGUUCGCCGUCAUCGGGCUCAUCAUCAAUGCGGUUGGCCGGCUGCCGAUUCUAGUGUUUAUUUUCGCGCUCUGCGGCACCUGCGGCGUGCUGAUCGUGUUCAUCGAUCUGCCUCUGCUGGCCAUCUGGUUCUAUCUGAUCCUGCUCACGUGCGGCUUCUGCAUCAGUGUGGUGAACGCUUGCACCAUUGACCUGUACCCAACGAAUUUACGAGCGAUGGCAGUUUGCAUCUCGCUAAUGUUCGGACGACUCGGUAGCAUUGUUGGCUCGAAUCUGGUCGGCUUUCUGCUCGACACGCACUGUGAGCUUACGUUCUGGAUCUCCGGUCUACUGCUGGUCGGGUGCGGAGUGCUAUCCUUCUUCAUACCCAACAUUUACAAACGGAACGCGUCGGAAGAUCGGCUCAGUGUAUCGUCACGAUGAGAGAAGCGCGGUUUAGGACAUUCUCACGGUUAGGACAUGUGCUUUUUUGCAAUACGACUAUACGACUAUUGCAAAGAACCUAAACUCAGGAAUCUGAAAGGGGUGCCAACUUGAUCAGAUAGCCAUAUAGUUAACGUUGGCUCAUCAAUUUUUUGACAUCCAACACUCUCCGAUUAGUUUUUGAAAACCAAGUUGGAAAUCAUAUGAAAGAUUCAUUCACUUUUUUUAAAUCCAUAGCUCUUACAAGUAUCAGAUUCAAGAUUUGAUCCGUAAUUUUAAUUAUGCGUAAUUUUGAAGAUGCACUAAACUGAAUCUCUUGAAAAGAUUCAUAAAGUUUUGCGCAAACUAUGCCGCUUACAGUUAGUGUGAGUGGUUUUUAGCUUGUGUAUAAUAUAGAGACUGAUACCUUAACAUCAUCGUGAUGGAAAACAAAGCGUUUAUUCCUAAGCUUGUUCGUAGCAACUCACAUCUGUAGCGAUAUUAAAUCACAGCAAUAUGUUGGUUCGAUUUGGUUCGUUUGUCCUUAGCCCAGCGGUGGGCAAACUUUUGAAACAAAGGGUCAAAAUUAGUAGAUGAUCGAGAACCGCGAGCCAGUAGAAUAUGUUUUUUUUUAAAAUAUUGAGCUUAGAUUUUUACAUUACAAAUUUUUAGAAACCAAAUGAUUGGAUACUGAUAUCAAGAAAUCCGAAUGGUACUAUUGCUGUUUUUAUAUAAUUACAUCAUCCAGACAUGGUUCAAAAUUAAUAAUGAUAAUAGUACUUUAAAAACUAAUUGUAAUGAUUAAUCAUUUGAGGAUCGACAAUAGAGGGGCAAAAGUGUGAUCAGUUCAAAAAUAACAAAGCAAGACCAAUGUCGCUUCUUGAUGACCCCAUUCUCCCAAGCCGCAAAACUUAUUAAGGAUAUUCUGGAGACAAAAGUCUUAAGGACUGAAACAUUAUCGAAGCAAACGUGGAUUCAGUAAUUAGCAAAAAGCUUUAUGGAUAAGUAAUGUGAUGUCAGAUAAAUUGUUAACUGAUUCCUUAUGAAAAAGCACUUUGACAAUCGUUGUACUCACAAAAAGCAACAGUGUGGAAUCGUCGUUCUCGUUAAAGCAACAGAGGUUUUUGAACGUUCGUUUUUGCUUACGGUUACGGUCGAAAAUAUCCCUAGUAGAGAUAAAAAGAAAACCAACUGAUUUGCGUGAAAUGAAGAAGGACGAAUAACACAAAAACAAAUAUCGCGAAAAAAAGUAUGGAGCUAUUUCACUGUACCUAAAACUUUUCAUUGCAUGUAUUGCGUUGGGGAUCCUAUGAGAUAGCAGACAAAAUUUGACAUCUCUAUCAGUCGAACUCUAACCGUGGUUGCCAAAAAAGUGAAGCCACUUCGUUUAGAAGUGUGCACAAUCAAAGAAUGGCACCCAGUAGCGUGUAAAAUGGACUCCGUGUGGAUGUUUGUGGACGUCGUAUAAGCCUGUUUCGACAUUUACUAGGGUAAAUGUACCAAUAGUGGUGCAAUUUGUGGUGGUACAGAUGUAUUCUAAUGGAUUUGAAGUGUCAAGAAGGACAAUUUUUGAAUAUUUUAGCACAUAACAGUUGGAAUAUGUUUUAUCUUCGCAAUCACAACCAU